AUGGACCUCCAUGCGCACAAUGCGAAGCUCAUGUCACAACACUCGCCACGUACAACACUUGGAUGGUCAUGUGGACUCAACGUCUCCAGUAGACAAGGAUACGAAAACGCCACGCUGCAACACGCCAAGCUGGAUGGCAAACAUCUCUGCAGCAGAUACAUUGACUCUAUCAGCAACCUCAUUAUGGGUACACUGUUUGCCAAACUUAUGUAUGAACGAUCAACAACGUCAAUGCCUGUUUGGUGCCAUCAAGCGUUACUUCAUCAUCAGGUGAUUCGCAUUACGGACAGCCUUCUUGAUUUAUGUCUUGCGACAUACAGCUCUUAUCAGCGGAUUGCUCUGUAUCAGCAACAAGCACGAGUUGUUCAUCUUUGCGUGGCAUCAUACGUAUUCGGUUCCCGUAUGACUUUGGCGAUCAAGUACCAUGCUGAAUUUAAAAGUGGUUGGACAUUCGCCUUUGUAUGGAUCCUUCUCCAUAAACUGUUUUAUGGCUCAACUGGUACGCAUGGCUAUGGAUAUACAACGUACAGCUGGGUGAUCAAGGAGCCUUACAAUGGAGUAUCAUCAACACUUAUUGAAGCGGAUGGAUAUAGGGUUGCUUGCCACAACCAAGGUAUUCGAGGUGGAUCACAUGAACAAUCAGCAACAGGCGCUAUUUCUUUUUCGGUGUCAGCAAGUUUAUCCCAUCAUCUAGUGAUCCAUGUGAUGAGGAACGUGAUUCAUGCCUUUAUCUUCCGGGUCGCGACUCGUACGUGUGGAUUACUCUCUAUCGGCAACAUGCAUGUGGCGAUCACCUUUGGUGUGGCAUCACGUUCAUUGGACUAUCAUGUGUCUUUGGCCAUCAAGUACCAACAAGUCAUUGGAGCUAUUGCCAACGUUCGUCGAUUUAUCAUUUCCUCAGUCUCCUCAUGUCUUGCCAAGUGGACCAUUGCAAAGGAUUGGGAACGUGUCAAUAUGGAUACGUUUGCAACCAUAUGCAUAUCAUUGCACGUCGGCUAUUCACCAACCUACGUAUCUUCUUGUGCUUAG